UCUUCGAAUUCGCUGUUUGUUUGUGUGGUCUGCUCACAACUAGAUCUGCACCGCAAUGAUAAGCUAACAUUAUAAUAAUAUGUCGAAUGUCAAAUCACAAGUGGUUUUGCUUGACGGCUGGCGGCUACUUUGGGCUAGUUUCUCCAUUAGAAAUGAGUUUGUGAUUUUGUUUUACUUGUAACAAAUCAAUGAGACAGCAGUUUGAUCAUUCCAAGGGUUCAAGAACAAGACGCCCACGAGCAUUGCAUCGACACUGACCUGCGGAACUCGUCAUGACUCAUCUCAUCACUCAUGGAUCACGAUCUUUUUUAGUCCAAUUUAAUCUGCAUAUAUAUAUAGAUUAGCUGCAUUUCAUUUUUGAGCUGGAGUUCUGUUUCUCUUUUUAUGCAGAUCAUGGCCCUGGCCCAGCCAGCAUCCCGGCAUAUUGCUGUUGUUAUUUUAGCCGUUGCAUCUUACCAUUAUCUUCAAGUUUACAUUUCUAGAAAAGAUUUGCCAAAGCCUAGGGUCGGUGGAUACUUCCAUCCUUCUUUUCGGAAUGUAGCAGAAACAUUCCGCAACAACUUGGAAAGUGGCCUAGAGACAGGAGCCUCCUUUUCUGUGUACCAGAACGGUCAGGCCCUGGUAGACCUGUGGGGUGGUUGGGCUGACUUGAACUCUCACCGCCACUGGCAGGAGGAUACGGUGGCCCUGACAUGGUCCAUGGUCAAAGGUGUGACAGCCCUUGUGGUGGCCAGACUUGUAGACAGUGGUGUGUUGGAAUACCAGAGGGAAGUACACCACUACUGGCCUGAGUUUGGUACAGAAGACAAGAGAAACAUCACAGUGGAGAUGCUGCUUAGUCAUCAGGCUGGCCUUGCAGUGUUGGAUGAGCAGAUUGUCAUCUUAGACUACCAGCACAACUGGCCAAAAGUGGAGAAGAUUUUGGCUGCACAGAAACCAAACUGGCCUCCAGGGACUGCAGUGGCCUAUCAUGCCAUGACAUGGGGUAUGUAUGUAGAUGCCCUGGUCAGGAAAGUGGAUCCACAACACAGAAAUGUCUCCGAGUACUUCAGGCAAGAGAUUGCUAAACCCUUAGGCCUGGACUACUACAUUGGUCUACCACCAAAUUUGUUCCAUCGAUUUGCACAAUUUAGAGAGUAUAGCUUUUGGGAGCAGAGAAUUACGUACGCCAAUGUAGUUCCAGCUGUGCUAGGGCCGUACCUUUUGCCAGCUACCUUGUCCAUUGACACAGGAGUCCAGCUGGCACGAGCAAAUAACCCUGAUGUUCUCCAGAUUGGCGUGCCUUCCUUUAUCGGUGUGGGUGCUGCCAGGGACCUCGCCAAACUCUAUGACUACCUUGGAAAUAAUGGGACUGUGGGUGGCUACAGACUACUCUCCAACUCAGCAGUGAAACUUCUAAAGGAGCCACUGACUAAGGACCUACCCAAUCUGUUCUUUGUUUUCUAUCCGUACUCCCGAGGGCUGUUUCUCAAGAAGAACAAGCAGGGUCAUCUGAUGGUUGGCCACUCAGGUUACGGAGGAAGCUAUUCUGCUGCAGACACAGACUCAGGUCUGGGAAUGGCUUACCUCACCAACCAUGUGUCCUUUCAUCAAGAAGACCCCAGGGCAGACAGUCUUAUGGAAGCUUUCUAUGAGUGUUAUGAAACUUAUGUCAGUGCCAAAAAAAAGAAUGGACAGGACAAGAGAAUGUGAUCUCAUGUCUUGGUGUAGGUGUGUGUGUGUGUGUGUGUGUGUGUAUGUGUGUGUGUGUGUGUGUACGUGACUGCGCGCAUGUGUAUGCACUUGUGUAGAGAAUGUGAUCUCGUAACUUAAAAUACAUCUUUAUUGUCCAGAUCCUGGCACAUUGGUUUGGUGUUCCACCACGAGUACACACACGCACACAAACAC